AUGAAUUUUAAUAUUAAGCGGAUGUUUUCAUAUUAAUUAAGUGAAUAGAAUCAAUUGGUUAUUGUUUUUGGAUAAGUCUAAAAUUGCUUCAAAGUAACACCCUAACAGUAUUGCAUUACUAUUUCAGAUAAUUUUGGCAAUAUAGAGUUUUGGUGGCAUCAUGAUAUUUCAAUUGGUAUUUAUGUUGAAGUAUUUGGUACAUUCUAACAAAAGGUUCAUAAUGAUUUAAAAUUUAAUAAGAUAUAUGCGAAAAGAAUAAGUAUGUAAUUUUAGUAAAUAGAAAUAUUUGAGUCUUCAAAUUUUUAUAUGCUUUGUUUUUUGGAAACAAUUUUUGAGUAGAAGUAAGAAAUAAAAGAAGGGAAGCAGCUUUAAUUUUCUAAAAGAAUUCAAGUAGUCGAUCACUUUUAAGAAUUGACUACAGAAAUAGUUGUAUACUACUUAAAAAUAAUUGGAGGUAAGUACCUAAAGAAUGUGGAAAUAGAGAAUGAUUUAGUUCUAAAUCUGGUGGGAGAAGAAUUUGAAGAUUUCAUCUAUUCAGAGGAAGAUUUGAAGAUGUCAAUAUAUAUUUUAGAUAGUGUUGGUAUUUUGAAUGGUAAUGUGGUGUGUAAAUAGGAAUUUUUUAACAUUAUAAAUUUAGUAAAGACUAUUUUAAGUGAUGGAAAAGCAAUAAAUAUAAAGGAAUGUACAAAAAAAAUAAAUGAUUAUUAUUUAUUUAAAGGAUAUUAAUUGUUUACAGAGGAUAUAUCAGUGUGCAUUUUUAAUUUAUUUCUCUUGAAUUAUAUAUGCAUAUAAGAUUCAAAUAAUUCGAUAAUAAUAAGAAAAUAAUGA